AUGCUUUUCCUCGAAUUUCUACCUACCAUCACAUCUGUCAGGACGGCCAAGUCACAGCGGCGGUCUUUGGAGGCAGUAGUGAGGAGAAGACUGAAAGAUAUCGCAACCGAAUGGACAGAAUCUUUGCAAGACAGCGUGCAAGCCAUCAAUGAUGAGUCUGAGGAUUAUCAAGCCUCGAUAGCGAGCCUGAAACUCAGUUUCAACGCAUGGAUGACUUAUCCUGCCGUCAGACAGUUGGCAGACUACUGCACAGACCACGCUGGUACUUGGGACGGAAAAUCUGACAUCCAAAUCACCGGUCAGCCAUCUGAAGAGAUCGAAGCCUCCGAAUGUCAUGCAUAUACCCUGACGAUGAGUGUGACAAGUCGCCGAGGCGACACUGAGCAUGUCCUCCAUCUACCAGUCACGAUGGAGGAUCAGCCAGACAGUGGUUGGCGAUUCAAGAUUGACAAGGACAAGGUGAAAUUUCGCUGCAUCAACCAUAUGACAAACAUGUCACAAUUUCAUGGCAGUCCCCAACUACCUCCCCAAGAAUUCAGCACACUCAAAUCAAGGGUUGAGUCCCUGCUUCGGUCAGCAGCCGACACUAUUGAAACCUCUACUGAGCAGCCUCUGAUUGCAGAAGGAGGACUGGAUGCGGAGUCGAUUCGGAGCCUCAUCUGGAGUCUGGGAUCCUGGACCAGAUCCAGAGACAUCCCAACCCGCUUCUGCCUGGAAUACCAGAGUCACGGCGGAACCCUGAUUGGCAAUCCUAGUAUCAAGCUGAGCUGGGUCUGGGACCAGCCACGCGAAUCACCUGGAUCAUCGUUGCUGCGCUUUGGCCUUGGAGUUGAGAGUGACUACAAUGAGUUUUUGCGCGUCUUGUCCGUGCCAGUGAACGGCAUGCAGGACAGAGCCGGCUGGGAAUUUCGGAUACCCCACAAGGACGAUUUCGACCAAGACCGAAGUGAUCAAGAUGAAGAAGGAAAGAGGGUGGGAUGGGUCUACUUUCCUCGUGGUACCUCGUUUACACAGGCGAUGGAAGCUUUCCGGACAGGGAAUAGCAGUGGUAAUGGUGGUCUUGGUGGCAGGUCUGAAGGUGGCACGAAUCCUGAUUGA